CACACGCCGCACACACAACUGCAAAGAUGGAGGGCCUCUUCUUUAAUGUGAAUAAUGGCUACAUCGAGGGGAUCGUCCGAGGCUACCGCAACGGACUGCUCACCAGCGCCAACUACACCAACAUGACACAAUGCGAGACCAUCGAUGACCUCAAGCUGCAGCUCGGCCCUGCCUACGGCGACUUCCUCGCAUCGCUGCCCCCCAACCCGUCGACGUCCAGCCUCGCGGCCAAGGCAACAGAUAAGCUCGUAUCGGAGUUUCGCUACGUCCGGGCCAACGCGGUUGGCUCUCUCGCCCGGUUCCUGGACUACGUCACGUACGGCUACAUGAUCGACAACGUGGCGCUGCUCAUCACGGGGACGCUGCACGAGCGCGACACGCGCGAGCUGCUGGACCGGUGCCACCCGCUCGGCUGGUUCGAGACGAUGCCGGUGCUGUGCGUGGCGACCAACAUCGAGGAGCUGUACAACAGCGUGCUGAUCGAGACGCCGCUGGCCCCCUACUUCAAGGGCAGCCUGAGCCACCAGGACCUGGACGAGCUCAACAUCGAGAUCGUGCGCAACACGCUGUACAAGAACUACCUCGAGGACUUCUACCGCUUCGUCAACUCGCACCCGGACAUGGCCGGCACCCCGACCGCCGACGUCAUGUCGGAGCUGCUCGAGUUCGAGGCCGACCGCCGCGCCAUCAACAUCACCCUCAACUCGUUCGGCACCGAGCUGUCCAAGGCCGAUCGCAAGAAGCUGUACCCCAACUUCGGCCGCCUGUAUCCCGAGGGCACGCUGAUGCUGUCGCGCGCCGACGACUUCGAGGGCGUGCGCCUGGCCGUCGACGGCGUCGCCGACUACAAGGCCUUCUUCGACGCCGCCGGCCUCGGCGGCGGGCCCGGCGGGCCGGGCAACAUGGCCGGCGGCACCGGGUCCGACGGCAGGAGUCUGGAGGACAUGUUCUACCAGCGCGAGAUGGAGAUCGCCAAGAGCGCCUUUACGCGCCAGUUCACCUACGCCAUCGUCUACGCGUGGGUCAAGUUGAGGGAGCAGGAGAUUCGCAACAUCACCUGGAUUGCCGAAUGCAUAGCGCAAAACCAAAAGGAGCGCAUCGGUAAUUACAUCAGCGUCUUCUGAUGUCACGGUUGUGUUGUUUUUUUGCAUUUGGCGAGUUUAGAAUCUGUAGACUUUGAGAAGGUCCCCUGAGCAUGAGGUUUGAGUGUUUGGUUUCUGGCGUAUGGCGAAUGAGUAUCCAGCGGGAAAUGUGGGCUUGCAGGACACGGGAAUCUCUCUCUGCACACGCUCCUGUCUAUUUGUGUCGGUAUCGUACAAGGAGAAAUUUACACAUGUUCUUUCUGAUUGUCUCAUUCCUCUCUCUUUCCAUACCCAUCUCAUCCCAUCCCCGGACCACUACAGUGAGAUCUGGCCCUUGUACGUCGCCGGCGUCAGACCCAGCGUCGUGAUCAGAUGCUGCCACCUGCCGCUCCCCCUCUCCUUCCUCUCCAUGUACCGUAGCAGCCUCUGCCGCCUGUGGACCAGCUUCAGCAGGCCCCGCUUGUUAUUCUUGUCUCGGUGCCCCUUCGGCCCCUCCAGCGCCAGCGCGAGCGCCCUGAUCUUGGCCGUCAGGAUGGCGAUCUGCACCUCGCUGCUGCCCGUGUCGGGCCCCGCGCGCACCGGCUUCGGCUGCUCGACCUGGCCGCGGCCGAGCGGCGGCGCCGGCCGCUCGAGCGUGUGGUCCGUGACGUGCCGGCCGAACGUCUCGAUGCACCGGCGGAUGUUGGCGUGCUUGCGGUCCUUGGCGCUGCCGUUCCGCAGGUCCGUGAUGCGCUGCAGCGCCACCACCGCCUUGGCGUGCUUCUGCUCGUGCUCCCUCAGGUCCGCCGCGUCCAGCUCCGGGUCGGACGGCUGCCGCUCCUGGCCCACCAGCGGCUGCGUCACGCGCCGCGAGUACUCGAUCGCCUUGUCCAGCUCCUCCUUGGUGAGCAGGAAGUUGCGGAGGUGCGGUGACGUCGGGAGAGGCUGGUUAUCCCCGCUGGAGACGGGUUCCUGGCCGGCGGUGUCGAAGGACUUGACGAACGGCGUCGUGAUGCCGUGAACAGGGUUGCCCCAGUUGGCCUUCCGCUCCUUCUCGAGCUCCUCGCGCCGCUUGAGGUUGGCGUUCCUCCGCUGCUGCGCCAGGGCCCAGCGGUAAGGGUCCUGCUUCAUGCGCCGCUUCUUCUCCUUUUUCGAGAGGUUGGCCUUCUGCACCAGCGGCAGCAGGCUUGUGGUCGGAGUCGGCGUCAGGGCCGGGCGCAGGCAUAGCGUGAGACUUCGCAGUCCCUGCGGGACGGGUAUUCGCGGAGGCAUGGCGAAGGUGCUGUCUUGGGCCGUCGUCUCCCGGAUUGCUC